AUGGUAAGAGCUUGGUACGGAAUAGUGAGCACGGGGGGCCAAGCAGGAUUUGCACUGGACAAACUUACUGAGAUGAUGGCUGAAAAAUUCCCGGAAGCGUAUAAAACCUUAAGAGAGAACAGAUAUGUGGAUGAUGUGUUAUCAGGAGCUAAGACAAAGGAGCUGAGAGAAGUUCAAAUUAAUGCAGUCCAAGAAGUGUUGAAACAAGGGGGUUUUGCUCUUAAGUUUAUAGUGAGGAAUGGAGAGAAACCAUCUGAUAAAGCAAGUUCUGACGGAGAAAGCAUGAAACUACUUGGUUACAAGUGGGACCCGGAGAAGGAUGAGUUAUCACCUGGUCUGGGCGAGCUAAAUCUGAAUAAAAAGGUUAGAGGAGAAAGGAAACCUAACCUGGAACCUGUAAAGACAACCCUUGAUGCUGAGAGACUCUUGUCUGGUGUACAGCUAACCCGGAGUAUGAUAGUUGGUAAAAUCUCAGAGUUCUUUGAUCCCUGUGGCUUCUUUGAACCUGUGAAAUUGCAAAUGAAAUUGUUAACAGGUUCUCUCAAGGGAAAGGAGUGGGAUGAAGUGCUACCGGAGCAGGAUCAGAACCAAUGGAGAGAAGUUCUGAAAGGCUAUAUAAAGUUACCAGAUAUCACGAUAUCAAGAUUUUGUCUACCUGGUCCAGGCAAGUCAUCAUCAAAGAUCAGGUUGUUAUGUUUAGCAGAUGCUGCCGAAUUGGCUGGAGGGGCAGCGGUUUAUGCAGGCAGAGAGCUUAGUCCUGGGAUCUGGUCAUGUUCAUUAUUGGCCGCGAAAUCUAAGAUGAUGAAAGAAACCAUACCAAGAAAUGAAUUAUCUGCAAUCUUGUUAUGUGCAGAGCUGGCAUUUAUGGUCAAGGCGGCCCUAGGUUUGGAGAUAGGGGAGGUUAUCUACGUGACAGAUUCCACAAUAGCGUUAAGUUGGUUUAGUAAUCAAUCCAUAAAGUUGAGGUUAUUUGUAUACAAUAGGGUAAUGACGAUACUAAGAUUGUUUGAAUGGACAACUGGAUCGAAAGAAAACCCACUUUGGCACAUUGAUAGCUCUAUGAAUUUGGCUGAUUUAUUGACUAAGAAGCAUGAAAUUGGGGUUGAAACUGUAUCCCAAGGAUCGGAAUGGAUUGAAGGAUUGGAGUGGAUGAGAAGGGACAAAUCUGAGAUGCCAUUAACUUCAUAUGACAUGUUGACCUUGGACAAAGCUACAGACGAGAGUGUGAAAGGAGAGUGCUUUCCCGAUUCAUUCAUGGGGAAAUUUUCCUCGUCUAAAAUACCUGAUGUUGAGGAUGAGGGACUUGAUGAAGAGUAUGGGGGUGAUGAAGGGGACCAUGGUGAUGAUCUGGAGUUCUCGGUUCUUGCGGCUAACGCGGGCAGGGGUGUGGCAGAGCUGUUAAUUGACCCUGUGUUCGAGGGUUGGAGAAGAGCUUUAAGAAUUACAGGAUACAUGCAAGGGUGGAGAACAAAAUACUGUCAUAGAAAACACUUGAUUCCGGUUAAAGAUUGUAACCUUUGCAACCUAGGAGAACACCGAUGGGACCCAAGAAAUGAAGAUAAGAAAGCUGAGGAUUACUUCUUCAGGUGGGAGUCUGAGAGAGUUAGAAGAACACUUAAACCAUCAGAGCUGAAAAAGUUUGUACAUCAGGAUAAGAUUAUCUAUGAUGAAGGAAGACUCUCCCCAGAAUUUCAAUUUAAAACUCAAGAUCUGGAUAAAGUAGGAUACCUGGACAAGCAUGAAAUAGUAGGACGGAUUCUUGUAGUGCUGCCAGAUUCUCCAGUCUUAUACUCAUACUUGAUGUUCUUACACACCAAAACCAUCGCCCAUGCAUCACUGGAAACUACAGUAAGAGAGGUGUUUAAGAAAAUGAGAGUAGUUAGAGGGUUGAGGAGAUUAGUAAGGAAGGUUAUCCAAGAUUGUAUGAAAUGUCGUCUUUUAGAAAAGAAAACCUUGGAAUUGAGGCUUGCUAAUCAUCCAGAGGCCAGAACAGUGCUCGCACCAUGUUUCCAUUCUUGUAUGAUGGAUAUUUGUUAUGGGUUUAAAGGGCAAGAGUUCAAGAGGUCCAGAACUGUCAUUAAGGUAUAUGGGCUGGUCAUUGUAUGCCUAUUGUCCGGGGCUACAAAUAUCAUGGCACUGGAGGGUAUUGAGACUCAGGAUGUCUGUGCGGGGUUGGAGAGGCAUUCUUGCAGAUAUGGAGUUCCUGGUUUUGUCUACGUGGAUAACGGAACUCAGCUAAAGGCUAUGCAACAUGCCAAGUUCUCUGUCAGAGAUUUAGAUUCUCAGGUCCAGGAUAAUCUAGGUAUCAAAAUAAUUAUCUCCAAUGCUAAAGCCCACUCAGAGAGAGGUCGAGUGGAGCGGAGGAUCAGAGUUCUGAGAGACACCAUGGAGAAGUUAGGAGUUGAAACCACAGUUCCAAUGACAGCUUUGCAAUGGGAAACUCUAUUCUCCAGAAUAUCGAAUUCAAUUGAUAAUCUUCCGAUUGCGAGAGGGGACCGGUCUAAUGAAACUACGUUAGGUUAUGAGGUUAUUACACCCAACAGAUUGAAAUUGGGGAGGAAUAAUUAUAGAUCAUUGGAGGGUAAUGGGUUUACUCUGGAUAUGGCGGGCAAUUUUACUAAGAUCUUGGAUAGGAAUCGAUCCAUUUAUCAGCAAUGGUAUCAGUCUUUCAUGGAAAAUGUCCAUCUUCUGAAUUUACGUCCAAACAAAUGGUUGAAAUCAAGCCGGUUGCCUAUUAUUGAUGAUCUUGUCAUUUUUGUUUAUAACAAUAGUAAUCAUGCAAAGGAGUCUAUUCACUGGAGGCUUGGGAGAGUUGUGGAAGUUUUGGGGACAAAAGUGUCUUUGAAAUACACUGGGAAGUUUAAGGGGGUUGAGCAAACUUUAGUAAGGAGUCUGAGAGACAUCAGUAUUGUAUAUUCUGUCGGAGAAAUGUCUAUUAACACUAGAGAUCUUUUUGAUGAGUGUUCCAAGUUAUCUAAUACUCAGGGGGAGUAA